GCUAACAAUUCCUUCUGUAGCUCUGUUUCUCACCUAAGAUAAAGCGUUCAUCGUCACUACAUGGUUGCCCACUGGCAGCGUUUCCUCUCAAAUUUACUUAAUUAAUCAGUGUAAGUGGCUCCUGAGAGUUUCUGAUAUCAAGCAUUUCACACUAUGCCCCGUACCCUUUUGUAGUUAGUAGAAGUUUGGACAAAUUCUAAAACUAUAAUGUCAUUUGUAGUCACCUCAUCCUCCAUAAUCACCUCCUCUUAUUUUAGCAGCCAUAGGGUUUCUAAAUUAAGAACUUGCGAAAAUACUUUGACAACUCCAUGUUUUCCUUUUGUUCGAUGCAAAAAUCCAUUUUGCCUUGCUGAAAAUAUCCAUACAACUUUGACUAGAAAACCAAAUGGUAUUUUAAGGUCUACUGUAACGAAUUGCACAAAACCAAAUUAUCAGUCCUUCACUGGAGAAGACGCAGUUUUUCUUGAUUUGGGUGAUGAAGACGAAACAGGGUCGCCCUGGGAAGGGGCAGUUAUUUACAAGAGAAACGCUUCCAUAUCACAUGUUGAGUAUUGCACAACGUUAGAGAGGCUUGGAUUGGGGCACCUUUCAACAGAGGUGUCGAAAUCUAAGGCUUCAGUGAUGGGAUUACGAGUCACCAAAGCUGUGAAGGAUUAUCCACAAGGUACACCUGUUCAGAUCUCCAUUGACAUAACAAGGAAGAAGCAAAAGUUGAGGCUUGAUGGCAUCAUUAAAACUGUUAUCGGACUGACUUGCAGCAGGUGUGAAGAUCCCGCAGCCGAGUGCAUCUUCUCAAACUUCUCCCUUCUCCUCACUGAUGAACCAAUUGAAGAACCUGAGAUCAUCAAUAUGGGAGUGAUAUAUGGUGACACUGGGAUAGGUGGCCAAGGGGAGGAAGAUGAUGAAGGCACAAUUGAUUUUGAGGAUCAGCUGUAUUUUCGCCCCGGGGACAAAGAAAUAGAUAUUUCAAAGCACAUAAGAGACAUGGUGCAUCUAGAGAUUACCAUCACCGCAACAUGUAAUCCAAGUUGCAAGGGUUUGUGUGUCAGUUGUGGUAAAAAUUUGAACACUGGCAGUUGUAAUUGUAGCAAACAGCAGGCAAAGAAGGGUUUUGGACCGCUUGGAAACUUAAAGAAGCAAUUGCAGCAGCUAAAAAAAUGACGUGUAUAUUUUCUGGAAUUGCACCAAAUGGUUUUAGUUCAAGCACAUUGUGAAUCCCAUAUUAUUACUACUAGAAUUACCAUGAAUUAAUAUUCCGUUCUAUUU